CAACUUUAGCAGUUGUUGAUUAUCUUAUACAAAAUGAUUUUUCACGUGGCUGUUUUCACCAGCUGGCUGUUUUCACUGUGUUUAGUAACAGCUGGAGUGGGGAAAGAUGAAAAAUUCUACGAUUGCGACGUCUUCUCGAAUGAGGAUAGCACCCCAAAGAAGAAUGCUUACUGUUUCAAGGACAUGAAUGAUGACAACUUUUAUUGUAAGACCUGGACAUGCCAAUCUCCGCCUUGUUCCCCUGACCUUCAAAGGACCCAAAUGGGUGACUCCUGUCCCAUUUGUGAUGGUACAUGCACCGUGGAGGGACGAAUCAUCAGCGUCGGCAAAACGGUCGCGUGUGCUGAUGGUGUCAACAGGUGUUGGUGUAUCGGUACCGGAGUGGUCAUCUCUACACGAAUGUUAACCAACAAAUAUGCGCUCUGUGGUGUUGAUGACAAUAACAGCUGAAUGUAGAACAUUUUUUCAUGAUCAUGUGCUUGGAUAUAUUAUUAAAUAAUUAAAAGUAUGUAGCAUGAA